UGCUCUCUAGGCAGCCCCUCAUAAACCACCAGGCAACUAGCUGGACUGAGUGAGUAAGCUACCGCCCCGGAAAUGACGCGCUGCCCCGCUGGCACUGGCGGCGCGGAAGUAGCGAUGGCGGAGCUUUACGUGAAGCCGGGCAACAAGGAACGCGGCUGGAACGACCCUCCGCAGUUCUCUUAUGGGCUGCAGACUCAGACUGGUGGACCCAAACGCACGCCCCUUACUAAGAGGGUCGCGGCCCCGCAGGAUGGAUCCCCUAGAGCCCCAACUUCAGAAACUUCUGGACCACCUCCAGUGGGUCAUCCACCUCCUUCAAGUAAGGCUUCCAGGCCUCCACCUAUGGGGACUUGUCCUGCUACUGGUGUGGAGCCCCCAACUUCCCCAGUCACUGAGUCUGAGGCUCCGAUGGAAGAUGUACUGAGACCUCUGGAACAGGCGUUGGAGGACUGCCGUGGCCACACAAAGAAACAGGUGCAUGACGAUAUCAGCCGACGCUUGGCACUGCUUCAGGAACAGUGGGCUGGAGGGAAGUUGUCAAUACCUGUAAAGAAGAGGAUGGUACUACUAGUGCAAGAACUUUUACACCACCAGUGGGAUGCAGCAGAUGAUAUUCACCGCUCACUCAUGGUUGACCAUGUGACUGAGGUCAGUCAGUGGAUGGUGGGAGUUAAAAGGUUAAUUGCAGAAAAGAGGAGUCUGUCUUCAGAGGCCAAAGAAGAGACAUCUACAAUGGCACCUGAGAACCAGACAGUACCAGGCUUCCAACAGUCUUCAUAAUCCUGGGGCCUCCCCAGACUCACUCAAAUGAUCUAUGCCUCGUGUGGAAGGCCUCUUCUCACUUGGGUCCCAUUACCACCAGGGAGACAAUCGUGUUGGGCCUGACCAAAGAUCCUACCUGGGCCACUUGCAAGAUAACUUGUUACUCAUAAUAUGUAUAUUUCAAUAAAAAUCUCAAUGGUGGGAAGUGGGUAGGAAAGGUGAGCCAUUCUGAUGCCAGAUUGGUUCUUUCUGGUGUCAAUUUCCCUGCUCCAUGAAUACUAUUCCUUGUUCCAUUCAUCAAGAAGGGCCUUGAUGGGUACAGCCAUAUUGCUACCUGCUUUUCUCAAAAUUAGACUGAAAAGCACAUUUUUUUGUAACAUAGUACAGUGUUGUUGGCUAUUUGAGCCUAAGAAUAGACUCAAAUAGCUAGAAACUUUCUGGUCAGAAGAGACCAGGCCCUUUGCCGUAUUCUUGGUGUAUUGUUUCUACAAUCAGUGAUUGGGGUUGUUUCUGCUGUUUAAACUGAAGGAGAAAAAGACCAGAUGCCUGCAUUUCUUUGGGGUGUAGUAGCACACACUUAUGGUCCUAAUAUUUGAGACUAGAGGCAGGAAGGAGUUCAAGGUUACCCUGCACUAUAUGAAUUUGAAGCCACUUUAAGCUGUGUUGAGAUUCUGUUUCAACAACAAAGAUUAGAUUACUGAUAUCUGAGGUCAAGAUUAUCUUGGUUUACCAAACAAGGUGUUGCCUCAUUUUUGUUUCAGUGUAAGCCCUAGUCCUUUUUGUUUUUGUUGAGACAGGGUUUCUCUGUAUAGCCCCAGAUAACCUGAAACUUGUUCUGUAAACCAGGCUGGCCUUGAACUCAGAGUUCUGUCUGCCUCUAAAAUGCUGGGAUUAAAGGUGUGUGCCACCAUUA